AUGUCAGUUAGAACAGUCACCACCAAGAGGCUUUUAUCUACAACCACCACCACUUUAAAAUCGUCUCCUCGUCAUUUAAUCAACAUUUCUCAAUUGACCAACGAUGAAUUCUCAUCACUUGUGGCUAAAGCCCAGCAUUUAAAACAAGUUUACAAAUCAGGUCAAGCAUCAGCCAUAGCCGAGAGCCACUCUAAAUUGUUGGGUAAAUUAGUGGCAUUACUCUUUUCGAAAAGAUCCACCAGGACACGAAUCAGUACUGAAGGAGCAGCGGCUUUUUUUGGAGCACAACCCAUGUUCCUAGGUAAGGAUGAUAUUCAACUUGGUGUGAAUGAGUCAAUGUAUGACACGACAAAAGUCAUCAGCUCAAUGACAUCGUGCAUAUUCGCCCGAGUUAAUAAACAUCUGGACAUCUUGGGCUUGUGUAAAGAUUCAUCGGUGCCUAUUAUAAAUUCGCUUUGUGACAAGUAUCACCCUUUGCAGGCCAUUGCUGAUUUGUUAACGAUCAAGGAGUCGUUUGGAGGUAAGUCGACAAAGGGGUUGAAGUUGGCCUGGGUUGGCGAUGCCAACAAUGUGAUCAAUGAUUUGGCUAUUGCUAGUUUGAAAAUGGGGAUUGAUGUAUCGAUUUCGAUUCCCGAGUCCAUAAAAUUUGAUGAAGAUGUGGAGCAGGAUGCAAGGAAGAUUGCCUCUCAACAGGGGCUCAAAUUUGAAAUUGUCCAUGAUCCAAAACAAGCUUUACGUGAUGCAAAUAUUGUGGUUACUGAUACUUGGAUAUCAAUGGGUGAGGAGCUGCAGAAAGUUGCCAAGUUGAAACAGUUUGCUGGGUAUCAGAUUGAUAGUGAGUUGAUCAAACAGAGUCAAGUUGCUUCUGAUUGGAUCUUUAUGCAUUGCUUGCCUAGACAUCAGGAAGAGGUUGCUGAUGAUGUGUUUUACAGUAAAAACUCAGUUGUGUUUGAGGAGGCAGAGAAUCGAUUGUAUGCUGCUAUGGCUGUAAUUGAAGCGUUUGUAGUGAAUAAAGGAGACUUACUAAAGUAG